AUGAAGUUCCAUAACAAAGAGGUGCUUAAUGAUACGUGGACACAGUUCGUGGCGCUGUGCCUACUGCUCAUGCUAUCUGUUGACUCGCUCAAUCCCAUUAAAGCGGUAAGCAAGUUUCUAGGUCUUCCGUCCUACUACUGGGGCCUGUUCGCAGUGAGCAUGAUGCUGGGUUUGCUGUUUCACAACGCGGCCGAUGUCGUCUACCGCUCUACACGUGUCUUUCUGAACAGCAUCCUCAGUAUCUCCUUCAAGAGCGUGGACCUCAUUGGCCUGGACAACGUUCCCACUGAGGGUCCCGUCAUCUUUACGGGCAAUCAUGCCAACCAGUUCGUGGACGGUCUCGUCGUCAUGAUGACUAGUCCUCGCAAGGUGGGCUUUAUGAUCGCCGAGAAGUCGUGGCACUUGCCUGUCGUGGGUCACUUGGCCCGCAUCAUGGGCUGCAUCCCGGUAGUGCGUCCCCAAGACUCAGUGGCCGUGGGCGUGGGCAAGGUCAAGCUGACCAGUGGAGAAGCCGUGACUCCUGCGAGCUCGUCUAGCGGUGGUGCGAACAGCUGCAAGCCCCAAUGGCUCGUACAGGGUGAAGGCACCAGCUUCACUAAGCAGAUGGCGUCGGGCGACCAGAUACGAUAUCGGGGAAAGAGUGUCCAGGACUCGGGCUCACCCGUUAAGGUUGUGGAGGUGUUGGACGACACGCACGUGUUGCUGAGCGCACCAAUGAAGAAAGGUAAUGGGGAACUGGUGCUGGAAAACACCGCGUUUGAACUCCUAAAGCGUGUAGACCAAUCUGUGACGUUCGCCAAGGUGUACGCGCACUUGAAGCGUGGAAACUGCAUCGGUAUAUUUCCGGAAGGAGGUUCACAUGACCGGACUGACCUGCUACCGCUCAAGGCUGGUGUUGCCGUCAUGGCGCUUGGUGUAAAGGACAAGUAUAACAUCAACGUACCCGUGGUGCCUGUGGGCUUGAACUACUUUCGUGGACACCGCUUUCGUGGACGUGUGACGGUAGAGUUUGGCACCCCGAUCACAGUGGACCAAGAGUUAAUGAAGAAGUACGGGGAGGACAAACGUGUGGCAUGUAACAGCUUUCUCCACCGUGUGGAGGAGAGCAUGCGGUCGGUGAUCGUGACGACACCAAGCUACGGUGUCAUGCAGGAGGUUCUGACUGCCCGUCGUCUGUUCCAGCGCUCGGGCGUUCGUUUGUCCGCCAAGGAGACGCAGGAUUUGAACCGUCGCUUUGCCGAGGGUUACAAGGUGCUGCGCGAUGUGCCCGAAGCGCAAGAAGAUCUUGCAGUUCUGCGACACAAGUUAGACACAUACUACAAGGCGCUGCAGAAGAUGGGCCUCAAGGACCACCAAGUGCCCUACAUCCCGUGGUGGACCAUUCAUGACGUGCUGGGCUCGGCGUUGUAUGGUCUGCUGAUUCUUCUGCUGGCCUCCAUUCCGUCAUUUAUUCUUAAUGCACCUGUGGGUCUCCUGGCACGGUACGUGGCUAACACAGCGCAGAAAAAAGCACUUGAGGGGUCCAAGGUGAAAGUGCUGGCGCGCGACGUGAUACUCAGCAAGAAGAUUCAGCUCUCGAUCGUGGCUGUGCCGCUGCUGUGGUUCAUGUACCUUGUUGCGGCUGUUGCCUUCACGGAUUGGUAUUGGUCGUCUAUCAUGCUGCUCAUGGUAUCGCUCCCUGUGUUCUCCUUCUUUGGAGUUCGCUCCGUAGAGGCAGGUAUGAUUGAGCUGAAGACGGUCCGGCCUCUGUUUUAUCGCCUUCUGCCGACGUACAAGGCGACACAAGAUGAGCUUCCACGCCAGCGCGCAGAGCUACAAAAGGAAGUGCGCGAGUUCGUCAAGAAGUACUCGUCACAGCUGGGAAAGUUAGCGGAGCCAAAAAAGCUCGACUGGAGCAAUUACAUGCACGAGCGCUCGUUGGUGCUUGCCGAGAAGGCCAACGAUCAGGCUGAGUCCGUUGCACCGCCAUCCUCGGCUCGCAUUAAGGAAGAGGAAAGUUGCAGCGAGCUUCGCGAAGUCAAGGGCGAAAUCGGCUCUCAUGUGCCGACCAUCACGCCAUUUCACGACAUCAGUAUUCUGGGUAAGUCGGAGAAGUCGGUGGCUGACUUGGCGGGCCUUGAACGCUCCAUGUCAGGUCCGCCGGGAUACCAGGAGUUUGUCAAGCAGCGUUAA